AUGCUCCGAUAUUUGGGUCACUGCUGCAGCGGCCUUUGCGGCACUGAGCUGCGAGAACCCAGACCGGUGUCAAAGAUGGCGUCAGCGCCUUUGCCGGAGCAGGCUGUGCGGAUGCCGCAGGCACCGCCACGUCUGGCUCCGACACCUGGGGAGCUUGAGGCCUUGGAGAAAGUCGCUCGAUGGAUUCAUCCAGGAGACGGGUGGCUCCCACCCUUGGUGGAGGUGCCCAUGCACCUGGCAGGAGUACCGCAGCUGGAGCUUCUUGUGAAGCCGCCCUCGGUUGAAGCGCUGUGGGAGUGGUACGAGGAGCGCGGACUGCUUGACGGAGAUCCGAGCUGGGCUCACGUUUGGCCAUCAGCUGCCGCUCUCGGCGCGCUCUUGGCGGGCCGACCCCAGCUCGUUGAAGACAAGCGGGUCGCCGAGCUUGGCGCCGGCUUGGGCCUUUGUGGCCUCGUCUCCGCCGCAGUGGGGGCGCGCACGGUGCUGCUGCUGGACCGUGAGCCCCGGGCGCUGCAUUGCGCCGUGGCCUCUGCAGAGCUCGGCAAACUGGCGGUGCAGGAGGUUGGCGCAGCUUGCGGCGUGCAGGCUGCGGUCUACGACUGGGAUGCGCCUCAGACUUUCGCGGAGCCUGUAGAUGUUAUCCUGGCAGCAGAGGUCCUCUACGAUGUUACAGCCUCAAAGGCACUGGCUGCAGCCUCUUUGUGCCUGCUUCGUGGAGAGAAGUGGGGCAGCGAUUUCCCGCGGCCACCGUGCGGGAAUGGAGCAGACAGAUGUUAG